CCUGGAAAAUCAUUGUGUGGUGGUCAAUGUUGAUAUUGUGGUGGGCUGCCACAAAUAAGUCAAUGUAUGGGGAAACACUGCCUACGGUAUCAACUGCAUGGUCUCCUCAGUCCACCCGACCGCAUCCCCUUCCCUUACCUGCCCCGACGCAGCUUCCCGUAGUACACAGCCGCAGGGUGACCCAUGGUCUGCUUCACAGUAGAAUUGUUCUGCGAGAUCACAGACUACAAAAUAGGAUACAGAUCAUCUCUGUGAGGCUACUACAAUAUAGAGUGAUGCAAUGUCUGUCCAGAUUCACCAAAUGGCCAGACUUUUGCCUGUUUCCAAAUAAAUGGUCCUUGUAAGGGUGCAAAUGUGAGGCAAUGUAUAAAAUCUCACCAUGGUAGGCAGAAUGGUUGUCUCUGUGUUUUUGGGUUGGACUACACGAAUCAGAUGAGGAGCACUGGGCCAAGUCUUCUGUCUUAUCAUGGAGUUGUAGCUUGUGCACAAAAGAACAUCAUGAGACAAGGGAUGACAGGACUUGAAAACAUCCAUUCAAAUUUGCAAUCCUCUACCUGACAUUUGCAAUGCCUCUCGGUUGGAAGAGUUUACUUUGGAGUUCAGGACAACAAAUAUUCACUGUAGACAUCUGGAAAAGAAUAGUUCUUAAUCUUAAAAUAGUGAAAAAUGAAAUAAGACAUGAAUGCAUCAGUAAAUAAGUAAUACAUAAAUGACUAUGGUUUAUAUUGAUUCAAUUCCACCUCUUGACGGCAGAGGUCCCUAUAUCGUCUUAACCAUUUUAUAUUUCACAUAGAUGUCACUUCCGUGUAGUAGGCUACAGAGAUUUAGUAGGAAAUGAGAAAGGGACAACCACCCCUCUGGUGAUGGGGGCCGAUAGCGGUCCUGGUGCUCCCCCUGCAGUCCUCUGGCGCAAAGUCCUGUACGAGCGCCAGUCAUACCCGGACAAUUAUGUUGACCCCCGCUUCCUGGAAGAUCUGAGGCGAAAUGUCGGAGUUCGUCAGUACCGAUACUGGAAUGUGGUGCGUGAGGCUGGUCUCGUGUCCCAGCAGGUGUCUUGCGUAUCCUUGUUUGUCACGCUGUGGUCCUACAUGGAGCAAGGACACCUCUCUCCCUCUACGUUACUGUCCGCCGGACUGCUGAGUUCCCUGGUGGGAUAUGGACUCUACAAGGUGCUGGGUGGCAGCAGAAGCGAUGACCGGACAUCAUGGGCCGAUCUCCAGAGUGCUGCAAUCUUUUUGGCCUUCACGUUUGGCUUCUCCCCAGUGCUGAAAACUCUCACUGAAUCGGUCAGCACAGACACCGUGUACGCCAUGUCUGCGAUGAUGCUCUUGGCUCACCUGGUGUCCUUCCCUUAUGCCCAGCCUAGUCCCCCAGGUAGCCUAUCUCUGAACGCAGCCCUGUUUGCUUCCGUUUGCCUGGCAUCGCGUUUGCCAGGGGCGCUCCACACCUUUGCCAUGCUAACUUGCGCCCUGCUGGUCUUCGCUUUGUGGCCUUGUCUACUGCACAGACUGACGGAGCACGCCCCUUGGAGUUUCCCCUGGAUAGCCAGCCUGGUGUCAUUUGGUGGAGUGAUGGGCCUGGGCUCCCUCUGGCCUACAGGAGCUCUGUUGUUCGCAUUUGCCCUCCUCACACUCACCCUGAUCUGCCCUCUGUUACUAGUGCGCCUACAGAGGCACAAGGACAACAUCCACGGGCCCUGGGAUGAGGCGGAGAUACGAGAAGACCUUUCCCACUUUUUGAACUGAGACCGAGGGGCAGUAACAAAGUCACUUGCCACUUGUAAUCAGUCUUUGACACUGAAGGGCUUGCGGUAAUUGACUAAAACGAUUGCUACCAAGUUGUCCCUUUUUAAAAACAUUUAGGUUAACCUGUUUUAAGUAGACAUUAUUGUUGCACUGAGGCCAUCUCAGUUCUCAGGAAUAUGCAUUAUACAUUCCCAAGAAAGAGACUUUUAUCCUUCCAUUUUACUGCUCUGCUGUAUAGAAAGAAUACGGUCAAGAGACUAGGCUAAAUGUUUUUGUACAGUGAUGGCCAAAAGUAUUGGCACCCAUGCUAAAGUUGACUGAAAAGAGGAAUAUAAAAUCAU